GUUUAUGUUUGCCGGUUUAUAAUUUUCGAUAAAGUAAACAAAACACAUUUCGUUAGAAAUAAUGGAUGUAUUGUUUUUUUAUUUGGUUUUAAUAAUCAGGAAUUGUUUUGCUAUUUCAACAGUUGGAGACGCUAAAAUUGACAAUGUUUGUGACAUAGAAAACAUAGAAAAUUGUUCACAUUUGGAUAUUGAAAACAGCAAUAUCAUAGCAAAUGAAGUAAGGAGAUCAAUCGAAUCACAUGUUCCAUGUGCAGAUGAGGAUGAUAAUAAUUGCAAAUGCUAUAGCGAAGUUAUAAGAAAUGAUUUAAAACCAUAUCAAAACGGUAUCACUCAGCAAAUGCUGAACAAUACAGCAAAAUAUGGGACUCGAUAUAAAAUUUUGAACCACCAGCUAUUUCGCGAUAAAGAAUGCAUGUUUCCUGCACGCUGCAGUGGUAUUGAACAUUUCCUAAUAAAUCUUUUACCCCAAUUACCAGACAUGGAUAUGGUAGUAAAUACUCGAGACUGGCCACAGGUUCUCACUGGUCUUGGCAGCAGAAUUGGUCCAAUAUUCUCAUUCUCUAAAACCAGUGACUACUUAGAUAUUAUGUAUCCAGCGUGGACAUUUUGGGCUGGUGGUCCUGCAAUUUCUUUGCAUCCAACCGGUAUUGGUCGCUGGGAUUUGUUACGCGACAGCAUAUCCAAAGCUGCUAUUAAAUACCCAUGGUCUGAAAAGCUUCCACUGGCCUUUUUUCGUGGAUCACGAACUUCCGAUGAACGCGAUACUUUGGUUCUACUGUCACGUCGUAAGCCCGACUUAGUCGAUGCUAAAUAUACCAAAAACCAAGCCUGGAAGUCUCCGAAAGAUACUCUUAACGCAGAGCCUGCGAAAGAAGUUUUAUUAGAAGAUCAUUGUCGAUAUAAAUAUCUGUUCAAUUUUAGAGGUGUGGCUGCCAGUUUUCGUUUCAAACAUUUAUUUCUUUGCAACUCACUAGUAUUUCACGUUGGCGAGGAAUGGAAGGAAUUCUUUUAUUUCGCACUUAAGCCGUGGGUGCAUUAUGUGCCUCUAAAAAGUUAUCCAAGCGAAAAAGAAAUUGAGAAUAUUUUGAAUUUUUUCCUUAAACAUGAUGACUUGGCUCAUGAAAUUUCUGAACGUGGUUCACAGUUUAUUUUAAAGCAUCUACGCAUGCAGGACAUCGAAUGUUAUUGGAAGAAUCUCUUACUAUCAUAUCAAAAGUUAAUCACUUUUAAGGUUGAAAGUGAAACUGAAUUUAUACAAAUUAGUCCUCUACAGAGGCAAGAACUAUGAAUAAAAUAUAUUUUAAAUACAAAAGAAUUAUAUCAAAGUAAGAAAAUGAUAUUACUCUUGAGAAACCGUUAAAUUAAAUACAAAUUAUUUCUUUACAAACUGAA